AUGACGUCCCGUAGCAGAUCACCGAUCACGGCCGCCGCCGGUGACAACAAACUUGACAUGGCUGGGAACCGUGAGAACGAUUCGGACGGUGCGAUGCUGCUGUCACUCGGGUGCAAGCGGACACUUCACACUCCGGACGAGCGGAUGCCGGGCAAGAAACACUUUCACCGCUAUCCGCACCACUACCAGCACCGGCUCCGGGCGUCCGUCACCGUGUCCAAGUUCCUGUGGUCCCUGCUGUUCCUAGUGUUCUGUGAUAGUGAGCUGGUGGCGCGCGUCCUGUUCCGAUCCUCGCUCCAAGCGUCGGCCGCCAUGAUGAUCGUCCCGGCGGGGGCCGCCGGGGACAGUAGCGAUGAGGCCGUUCCCGCCACUUCCGGUGUCGCACGGGCCCGGGCCAUCGUCAAUCGGACCAAGCUGCUGGAGCUGGUCAUGGAAGGACUCGGUCUGACGGCCAUUCCCGACGUUCGCUUGAUGAAUGUCAGUCAGCAGGAGUACGAAACCAAAUACGCGGAAUACCUGGACCGAGUCAAUCGCCGCCAGGAGCUUGCGGCCGCAGCCGGCGACGGGGACGAUUACGAGCGGAGACAACUUUUCAGCUUUCCCGGCUCAGAUCAUACGCUCAACCACAGGAAACUGCGCCGCAAGCGUUCGCUGAACAACGACUACGAUCUGGUGUAUAUCCGGUUCGACAUAUCGACCCGAAACGUGUCCACCACCGGCGAGGAGAUGAGUGGCUUCCAGUCGUCGCCUUCGAUCCACCCGGAGGACGAACCGGAGGCAGAAGAGGUCACACCGGCGGCCAGCAAAUCGCCCGCGGAGGCGGCUACGAAUGGUCACCGCCACCGGCCACAGUCUCUCUCGGAGCUGCCGCCAAUCUCGCCCGAGAACAUCGAGGAAUCGUCGUUAAACAUCAUGCUCAUCCGAAGACAAAACAGCGCACGCAGCGUUAACUCCCACAGUAAACAACAACAACAGCAGCAGCAACAGCAUCAGCAUCACUUCCACCACCAUCCGCAGCAUCAGCGAUCGCGUGGCAGCCAGCAGACCCCCGCGCAGCACCACCAGCAGCAGCUCCGGCGGAAGGGUCGGAUCAAACCUAAACAACCGCCAGGCGGCGGCGGCGGCGGCGGCGGCACAGCGGGACACGGUAGCGGGCCAACGGUCACGGUACACGUGUACCAGCUGGUGGACCCGUACGAGCGCCACUUCCUCACCUCGAAGACGAUCGCCGUGGACGAGAUCGCCCCGAACGGGAGCCGCUGGUAUCAGCUGCCUCUCGAGGAGGCGGUCCGCACGUGGUUGGAUGGGUCGCGCAAAAACCUGGGCCUGGAGCUGUACUGCGAAGGUUGCCACGCGAGCAACCUGUACAUCGUGCACGACUCUUCGCCGUUCUUCCGUAGCCACGAGGAAACGCCGGUCCUGAACGUGGUCGGCCGGCUGGUACAGCGCGAGAAGCGCUCCAAAGUGCAGCGCUACCGUCCGAUGCUGCACGACUACCAGUCGCCACCGAAGACGACGGCCUGCAAGGCGGGCAACAAGCGCUGCUGCCGCCACCCGCUGCUGGUGGACUUCCGGGACAUCGAGGGCUUCGAGUUCAUCAUCCAGCCGAAGAUCUUCGACGCCGGGUUCUGCCGGGGGCGCUGCCCGACCAAGCACAAUCCGGCCACACAGCACGCGAUGCUGCAGAGUCUGCUGCACGAGCACGUCAAAUACGACGUGCCGAAGCCGUGCUGCGCGCCGAGCAGCCUCGAUCACAUCGAUAUCCUGCAUCCCGACACGAAGAACCCGCAGCGGCUCAUGGUGUCCACGUGGCCCAGCAUGCGCGUGCUCGAGUGUGCCUGCUCGUGA